CUUUUCAAGGUUAACGUCUGGAAGUCUCUGUUCGGGAAGGAGGCGGACAAGCUGGAGCAGGCCAACGACGACGACAAGACUUACUACAUCAUCGAGAAGGAGCCGCUGAUCAACGCGUACAUCUCGGUGCCGAAGGAGAACAGCAGCCUGAACUGCGCCGCCUUCACCGGCGGCGUCGUGGAGGCCGUCCUCACGCACAGCGGCUUCCCCGCCAAGGUCACCGCCCACUGGCACAAGGGCACCACGCUGAUGAUCAAGUUCAACGAGUCGGUCAUCGCCCGGGACAAGGCUUUGGACGGCAGAUAGGGACGGACUGCAGGGGGGGUCCCGAUAGGGGUCCUGAUAGGGCUUG